GGGCUGGAGGCCGCGGCCUCCGCGCCCGUUCUUGGUCCUCCGAGAUCCCAUGCUCCUUUGCGCCAAGGAGACGCCCGGCGGCUCUGCAGGGCCUUUGUACGUCAUCGCGGCGCCUUUCUAUGACCUAUUGCCGCGUUCAGAGUGGGUGUCAUGGCUGUCGGCGUCGAGUUGGCAGGAGUUGCCAACGGAACUGGGGAAAGUCACUAAAGCAGAGGAAGAAGUGGCCUAACCCGGACUGUGGGAAGUCGUGAGAAUGAGCGGAGGCCCCGCGGGGGUGCCCAUGUCACUGGAAUUGGGCCCCUGGUAAAGUCCCAGGCCAGGCCUCUGCGUUUCUAGUCAGAGCCCGGCGGUAGGUGGGGGUCCCCGAAGCCGGCGUUGCCUAGGAAUCCCUGUCUUAUCAAAUCCUGAGUGUUGUGAUUUGGACCAGUCCCCCGGAGACAGCGGUUCGAGGACAUUUGGCGGGGUCGUCCGACGACGCUGGCCGCCUUUCUUGGAGCGGAGCAGGUGGUUCUCUAACCCGCAGCGAUGUCGUCCUGGCUUGGGGGCCUCGGCUCCGGCUUGGGCCAGUCCCUGAGUCAAGUCGGGGGCAGCCUGGCUUCCCUCACUGGCCAGAUUUCAAACUUCACGAAGGAGAUGCUGAUGGAGGGCACGGAGGAUGUGGAAGCAGAAUUACCUAAUGCUAGGAGAAAGGAAGUUGAAGCCCUUCAUACAAUCUUAAGAUCAGAGAAUAAGAGACUCAAAAAACUUUGUACUGAUCUGGAAGAGAAGCAUGAAGCAUCAGAGCUUCAAAUAAAGCAGCAGUCUAUGAGUUAUCGAAAUCAACUGCAACAGAAAGAGGUAGAAAUCAGCCAUCUUAAAGCAAGACAGAUUGCGCUGCAGGAUCAGUUGCUGAAGCUGCAGUCAGCUGCUCAGCCAGUGAUUUCAGGAGCUCGUGAUGCACCAGCAACCGCUGCAUCUCCUUCAUUUGGUUAUGGUUUAAGUCAUCAUGCUUCAGCGUUCCACGAUGAUGACAUGGAUUUUGGUGACAUCAUUUCAUCACAACGAGAAAUAAACAGAUUGUCAAAUGAAGUUUCAAGACUUGAGUCUGAAGUUGGCCAUUGGAGGCAUAUUGCUCAGACUUCUAAAGCACAAGGAUCAGAUAGCUCUGAUCAAAGUGAAAUCUGCAAACUACAAAAUAUCAUUAAGGAACUUAAACAGAACCGAAGUCAGGAAAUUGACAACCAUCAGCAUGAAAUGUCAGUAUUGCAGAAUGCACAUCAACAGAAAUUGACAGAAAUAACUCGUCGGCAUCGAGAAGAAUUAAGUGACUAUGAAGAACAGAUUGAAGAACUGGAAAAUCUUUUACAAGAAGGUGGCUCAGGAAUUGCAGUAACUGAUCACUCUAAAAUCCAUGAGAUGCAAAAAACUAUUCAAGUUCUACAAGCUGAAAAAGUAGAGUCUACAAAAAAAAUUGAAGAACUUGAGGAUAAAAUAAAAGGCAUAAAUAAAAAAUUAUCUUCUGCAGAAAAUGACAGAGGUGUUUUGAAGAAGGAACAAGAACGACUAAGUGUGGAAAACAGACAAUUACUUGAAGAAUGUGAAAGCUUGAAACUGGAAUGUAGUAAAUUGCAACCUUAUGCUGUGAAGCAGAGUGAUACUGUGACAGAAAAGGAAAGAAUUCCACACAGUUCUUCAGUAGAAGAAGAAGUGUUCAGACUGCAACAAGCACUGUCUGAUGCUGAAAAUGAAAUAAAGAGACUGAGUAAUUUAAACCAGGAUAACAAUCUUGCUGAAGACAAUCUGAAACUUAAAAUGCAUGUCCAAGUUUUAGAAAAAGAGAAUUCAUUACUGAAUCAAGAAAAGGAAGAACUGCAAAUAUCACUUUCAAAAUUGAACAAUGAAUAUGAAGUAAUUAAAAAUACAGCUGCAAGGGACCUGGAUUUGGAUUCAGAAUUAUGUGAUUUAAGACGUAAUUUGGAGGCAAAGGAACAAGAACUCAAUCAGAGCAUUACUGAAAAGGAAAUACUAAUAGCUGAGUUAGAAGAAUUGGAUAAACAGAACCAAGAGGCUACAAAGCACAUGAUUUUGAUCAAAGAUCAGCUAUCAAAACAAGAAAACGAGGGAGAUAAUGUCAUCAGUAAACUGAAAAAAGAUCUAAAUGAUGAAGAAAAGAGAGUUCAUCAACUUGAAAAUGAUAAAAUGAGCAUUACUAAAGAGUUAGACGUGCAUAAAGAAAAGCUAAUUCAAAGUGAACUGGUACUAAGUGAUUUACAUUUAACCAAGCAGAAGCUUGAGGAUAAAGUAGCAGAUUUAGUAGAUCAGCUAAAUAAAUUGCACACAAAAAAUUUAAACAUCCAGAAGGAGAACUUUGAACUUCAGGAACAUAUUAAACAAAAGGAGGAGGAGCUUUCUAGAGUCAGGGAUGAGUUAAUAACGCAGUCUCUUAAUCGAGACUCUAACAGUAAUUUUAAGGAUGACUUACUUAACGAAAGGGAAGCCGAAGUGAGAAACUUAAGGCAAAAUCUUUCAGAAAUAGAACAGCUCAAUGAAAAUUUAAAGAAAGUUGCUUUUGAUCUCAAAAUGGAAAAUGAAAAGUUGAAUUUAGCAUGUGAAAAUGUAAGACAUCAGUUGGAAGAGUCUAUUGCUGGUAACAAUCAGAUUUCUCAGGAAAAAAACGCUAUUGUGGAGGCUCUAAAAAUCGAGAAGGAACAGUUAGAAGGAGAAUUGUGUCGGGCUGAAAAGAGGCUGUUGGAAGAAGCAAACAAGUAUGAGCAAACCAUGGAAGAACUGUCCAAUGCACGUAAUUUGAGUAUCUCUGCUUUACAGCUGGACCAUGAGCAUUUAAUUAAACUCAAUCAAGAGAAAGACUUUGAAAUAGCAGAACUCAAAAAGAAUAUCAAGCAGAUGGAUACUGAUCAUAAGGAAACUAAGAAAAUUUUGUCAGCUAGCUUAGAAGAGCAGAAGCAAUUGACCCAACUUGUAAAUGAGAAUGAAAUUUUUAUUGAAAAACUUAAAGAAAGAAGUUCAGAGCUUCAGGAGGAAUUAGAUAAAUAUACUCAGGCCUUAAGAAAAAAUGAAAUUUUAAGGCAAACCAUAGAGGAAAAAGACAGAAGUCUUGGAUCCAUGAAAGAAGAAAACAAUCAUCUGAAAGAAGAGUUGGAACGACUCAGGGAACAGCAGAGUCGAGCUGCACCUGUGGCUGAGCCUAAAACCCUUGAUAGUAUUACAGAACUAGAAUCUGAGGUGAAUCAGCUGAAUAUAUUAAAGGAUAAUCUUAAAGAGGAAAUAAAACAUCAUCAAAAGGUAAUUGAAGAUCAAAACCAGAGUAAAAUACAGCUGCUUCAGUCUUUACAGGAGCAGAAGAAGGAAAUGGAUGAGUUUAGAUACCAGCAUGAGCAAAUGAACGCCACACACACCCAGCUCUUUUUAGAGAAAGAUGAGGAAAUUAAGAAUUUGCAAAAAACAAUUGAACAAAUCAAAACCCAGUUGCAUGAAGAAAGGCAGGACGUUCAAACAGAGAAUUCUGUUAUUUUUCAAGAAACAAAAGUUCAGGGCCUUAAUAUAGAAAAUGGAAGUGAAAAGCAUGAUUUAUCUAAAGCUGAAACCGAAAGAUUAGUAAAAGGAAUAAAAGAACGAGAAUUGGAGAUUAAACUUCUAAAUGAAAAGAAUAUAUCUCUAACUAAACAGAUUGAUCAGCUUUCCAGAGAUGAGGUUGGUAAACUAACUCAGAUUAUCCAGCAGAAAGAUUUGGAGAUACAAGCUCUUCAUGCUCGAAUUUCUACAGCUUCCUACCCCCAGGAUGUUGUUUACCUUCAACAGCAGCUGCAGGCCUAUGCUGUGGAACGAGAACAGGUACUAGCUGUUUUGAGUGAGAAGACAAGGGAGAAUAGCCAUCUAAAAACAGAAUAUCACAAGAUGAUGGAUAUAGUUGCUGCAAAAGAAACAGCUCUCAAUAAGCUGCAAGAUGAAAAUAAAAAAUUGUCCACGAGCUUUGAAAGUAGUGGCCAAGAUAUGUUUAGAGAAACUAUUCAGAAUUUAUCACGUAUCAUUCGAGAAAAAGACAUUGAAAUAGAUGCAUUAAGUCAGAAAUGUCAGACCUUAUUGACAGUUUUACAAACAUCCAACACUGAAAAUGAGGUUGGAGGUGUUAAUAGUAAUCAGUUCGAGGAGCUUCUACAGGAACGCGAUAAGUUAAAACAACAAGUGAAGAAAAUGGAAGAGUGGAAACAGCAGGUAAUGACUACAGUACAAAAUAUGCAGCACGAGUCAGCUCAGCUCCACGAGGAGCUUCAUCAGCUUCAGGCACAAGUUCUGGUUGACAGUGAUAACAACUCUAAGUUGCAAGUGAACUAUACUGGCCUGAUCCAAAGUUAUGAGCAGAAUGAAACCAAACUCAAAAAUUUGGGGCAGGAAUUAGCACAAGUUCAGCACAGCAUAGGGCAGCUUUGCAAUACCAAGGAUCUUCUUUUAGGAAAACUUGAUAUUAUUUCACCUCAGCUGUCUUCUGGAUCAUCGCUUACUUCCCAGUCAGCAGAGUCUCUUAGAACAAUUAAGUCUGAUGUAUUGAGUGAGUCUUCUAAACAAGAAAUAGAAGAGCUAAGAAAAUCACUGCAGGAAAAAGAUGCAACAAUUAGAACUCUCCAGGAAAAUAAUCACAGGUUGUCUGAUUCGAUUGCUGCUUCCUCAGAGCUAGAAAGAAAAGAACAUGAACAAACUGAUUCAGAAAUUAAGCAGCUCAAGGAGAAACAAGAUACCUUACAAAAGUCGCUUAAGGAAAAAGACCUCUUAAUCAAAGCCAAAAGUGAUCAGUUACUUGCUUUGAAUGAAAAUUUCACUAACAAGGUGAAUGAAAAUGAACUUUUGAGGCAGGCAGUAACAAACCUGAAGGAGAGAGCGUUAAUCUUAGAAAUGGACAUUUGUAAACUAAAAGGGGAAAAUGAAAAAAUAAUGGAAACAUCCAGGGAAAAGGAAACAGAAUAUCAAGCAUUACAGGAGACUAAUACGAAGUUUUCUAUGAUGCUUCGAGAAAAAGAGUUUGAAUGCCAUUCAUUGAAGGAGAAGGCUCUGGCUUUUGAGCACCUACUGAAAGAAAAAGAGCAGGGCAAGACUGGGGAGUUAAAUCAACUUUUAAAUGCAGUUAAGUCAAUGCAGGAGAAGACAGUUAUCUUUCAGCAGGAGAGAGAUCAAGUCAUGUUGGCCCUGAAACAGAAACAAAUGGAAAACACUGCUGUACAGAAUGAGGUUCAACAUUUACGUGACAAAGAAUUGCGCUUAAACAAGGAGCUAGAGAGAUUGCGUAACCAUCUUUUAGAAUCAGAAGAUUCUUACACCCGUGAAGUUUUGGCUGCAGAUGAUAGAGAGGCUAAGCUAAGAAAGAAAGUAACAGUACUGGAGGAAAAACUAGUUUCAUCCUCUAAUGCCGUGGAAAAUGCAAGCCAUCAGGCCAGUUUACAGGUAGAGUCGUUGCAGGAACAGUUGAAUGUGGCAUCCAAGCAAAGGGAUGAAACUGCACUACAGCUUUCCAUGUCUCAGGAACAAGUAAAGCAGUAUGCUCUGUCACUCUCCAACCUGCAGAUGGUCCUGGAGCAUUUCCAGCAAGAAGAAAAAGCUAUGUAUUCUGCUGAACUGGAAAAACACAAGCAACUUGUUGCUGAAUGGAAGAAAAAGGCAGAAAAUCUGGAAGGAAAACUUGUAUCAUUACAGGAGCGUUUGGAUGAAGCAAAUGUUGCGUUGGAUUCAGCAUCAAGACUUACAGAACAGUUAGAUUUAAAGGAAGAACAAAUUGAAGAACUUAAAAAACAAAAUGAGCUCCGACAAGAAAUGCUGGAUGAUGUACAAAAGAAAUGGAUGGAUUUAAUAAAUAGCACAGAAGGAAAAGUGGACAAAGUCCUAAUGAGAAACCUCUUCACUGGACACUUCCACACACCAAAAAAUCAGCGUCAUGAAGUGUUACGAUUAAUGGGAAGCAUCCUAGGUAUCAAAAAGGAGGAAAUGGAACAGUUGUUGAAUGAAGAUACGGGCGGCGUUACCAGGUGGAUGACUGGGUGGCUUGGAAGAGGAUCAAAAAGUGUUCCCAACACACCUUUGAGACCAAAUCAGCAACCUCUGCUUAAUAGUUCUUUUUCAGAACUUUUUGUUAAAUUUCUAGAAACAGAAUCUCAUCCAUCUAUUCCACCACCCAAGCUUUCUGUUCAUGAUAUGAAACCUCUAGAUUCACCAGGAAGGAAAAAACUAGAUACAAGUGUACCCGGAAGUUUUAAAGAUACAACCGAAUCCAGGUCUGGUAGAAGAACAGAUGUGAAUCCGUUCCUGGCUCCCCGCUCUGCGGCUGUGCCUCUCAUUAACCCAGCUGGACUUGGACCUGGAGGGCCUGGGCAUCUCCUUUUGAAACCCAUCUCAGACGUACUGCCCAACUUUACUCCUUUGCCAGUGUCACCUGACAACAGCGCCGGAGUUGUGUUGAAAGACCUUUUAAAACAGUAGGUGAUUCUCAAGCCAGAGGUGACAUAUAUGAAACUUUAAAAACCGUGAACCCUAUGUGUAUGUAGUUUAUCACAAAGUGGCCUUUUGGAAAAAUCAUGUAUUUGUUCACAGUUGUACUUUAUCUAAAUUUAAUAGAAGUAUUCUUAAUGCUUUUAGAAAUUGCAGGUGUUAAAGGAGGAAGUGUUUGCUAUAUUAUCUGCUUUUUUUCCCUGUCUGAUUUGACCUAACUUAAGCUAGAAACAUUCACUCUUUUAAUUUUAAUUUACAAAAAUAAGAAAAAUGAAAAGAAAGACGAAAACACUAGUAGCUAUAUAUCAGCUCUUUAUUUCCUUUUCAAGCUCAUUUAAGCUAGAGACAUGUAGUUUAUCUUUCAAAGAUAAUCAACAGAUUUACCAAAAAAGGGGAAGAAGAAAAUAGUGGUGGCUUGGGGCUUCCCGUGGCGCAGUGGUUGAGAGUCCGCCUGCCGAUGCAGGGGAUAUGGGUUCAUGCCCCGGUCCGGGAAGAUCCCACAUGCCGCGGAGCGACUGGGCCCGUGAGCCAUGGCUGCUGAGCCUGCGCAUCCGGAGCCUGUGCUCCGCGACGGGAGAGGCCACAACAGUGAGAGGCCUGUGUACUGCAAAAAAAAAAAAAUAGUGGUGGCUUAUCUGCAUAGUGCAAAAAUUGAUCUAAAGUAUAUAUUAAUCAUCUUUAAGAGGACGUGGAGUAGACAGGCCAAGAACAAGGCUGUCCCUGGGAGGUCACAGAUGUGCUAAGGUGGAAGGUGUGUGUAUUUGGUACUAUGCAAUUUCACCUCGUGUGUAGAUUCAUGUGAUGACAGUGCAGAGACAGAACAGUUUGGUCAAGGACCCCUUGUGCUCCCCUUUCACAGUCAUAGCCACCUCCUUCCCUGCGGUCUCCUUAACCUCUGGCAACCCCUCACUACACUCCUUCUCUAUAAUUUUGUCAUUUCAAGAGUGCCAUUCGGUGGAAUCCUACAGUAUGUAACCUUUUGAGACUGGCUUUUUUCACUCAGCGUAAUCCCCUUGAGAUCCUUCUACGUCGCUGAAUAUAUUGGAAACUUGUUCCUCUUUACUGUUGAGUACAUACUGUGAACAUAUGGUUUAGUUUUAAGAGCUAAGGUGUCUCUUUAAAGAUAACAUCUUAAAACUGUUUCUACACACCUACUCACAACUUUCAUCUAAGUGUUAAAUUCUACAGCUGCAUUUACAUAACUAUAAUUAGCAAUAUCACUAGAUGUGACACCUCCUGCCUCUAUCUGAGGUAUUGACAUGAGAGGUACGGCCACCUUGGAGUCAUCCAUUCUCAUCCUCAUGGUCACUGAGGGUAGUGAAAUCACUUCAACGACACUAGCACCAGGUGUUUGGAACUUAGCGGAAAGGGAGUAUUCCGUUAAUUUUUUUAUAAACCCCUCAUAAAAUUCCUGACUUGGAAUUUAAUUACGUCGGGACGUUCAUGUUUGUAUUAGUUGUUGAAGUUGUACAUUUAAAGACAUUUCUUUGCAAAUUUUGUAAAUUUCGAGAUGCCUUUAAAAUAGAAACAUCUGUAUAAUAAGGAAAGGUGAAAACGAUACUAAUCCAAAUACGUAAAUAGGCCUGGCUCUGACCAGGGCUAAAUUUGGUUGUUUGUAAAUUUUGCUGUGAUUAACUGUAUACUUUGUACUGUAUUUAGAGGAUUGGAAGUCUUUAUGUAUUGAUGGAUAAAACUUGUUUUUCUGAAAAAUCUAGUAACUUAGACAUUGCUGCUUCAGAACAUCCCCUGUCUCCUUUGCUAAUUUAUUUAUAUUGCCAUUCUUUAUUUAGCAUACUUUAAAGGAAGUUGUCAUACAAAUGCUUUAUUAGAACUAUCCAACUGUCUCCUGUCUGGUUUGCCCAUUAUUGUUUCUCUACGAAAUUAUUACUCUUAGGUUUUAUAAGGUCCUUUCAAAGAUGCUUUCGCUGACCAUCCUAAAUUAUUUGCUGCUUGCCAUUGAAUUAUUCUUUCAGUGUGGAGCAUCCGAAAUAAAAGUUUCUAAGUUAAAAAAAAAAAAAAGACAACAUGAUCCUUCAUUUUGAAGAAAUAUAGAAAAAAAUUCCCUCUUUUAAUUUGAAAAGGAGAUGCAUGGUGGGUAUAAGUAGCAUGUCAUCAUAUUUUAAAUGCCUUUUAUGACAUUUUCAGUAUUUCCUUCCCUGCUCCAAACAGCCUGUCCCCCCCGUUACCCCAUAAUUUAACAUAAGUUGGAAAGCUGUUAUGGGUGGAUUGCAUAUCUAAACAUCCCAACAUGCCCUUACAUGGCUGCUAUUUUAAAAAGUACGUGACCUCGUCCUAAAGCUGUAGUGCCUAAUGUUUCAGUUAUAUCUUCAUCGAAACUAUAGCUCACUGGUGUGCAUACUAAGUGUCUGUUGAUCUAAACCAGGCAUAACUCAUCUUGCUUUUCUGAAACUAAGUUGAGUCAGAGAUGAACCACCUGCUCAAGGAAUCUUCUUAGGAACCAUACAGUGAUGAAGCUUGUAAUUCUAACGUUAGCAGUUGGACAUUGCUAACACUAAUUUUACUGCAGUAUUUUAACUACAGUAAUUUUGCUGUUUACUUCUCUAUAAACUUACUAAAAUUUGUGGUUGACUUUUUCCAUAGCUGCCACAGUUUUUCACAGCAUUCCUAAUGGUUUUCAGCUGCUAUAUUGUAGUAGAAAAUUCAUCCAGUCAUUGGAUUUGAUUUUAGUAUAAUACUGUAUCUCAUGGUUGAGUUUUUAGUUCCUGCCAUUAUUGAGUUGAAAGAAAAAAACAAAACCAAAACUAAGUGACAAAAACAUGGGGGAAAAAGGAAUGACUUUCUUAAAACCAUCCAACUAAAUACUAAAUAUCCCCCCCAAGUAAAGCCUCUAGUUUAUUUUAAACUUUUAAUGGGUAAUUGAAAGGGGGAAAAAGUCAAAAUACUUUUCUAGUCAGUAGGUGGGAAAAAAACCCUACUGUGCUUCAGGAACAAGAGAUAAUAAGAAUUAUUGAUAAAGAGCUAUUAUGUGUCAAACUUAAGGCAUUUAAAUUUGAUUUUUAAGGCUAAUGAAGUUUUUCAUAUAUCAAACUAUUUAAAACAUCUUCCAUUAACAAAAAUUUCUCUUUAGUUUUUUAAAAUAUCAAGUUAAGUAUAACAUUUAUAUAUUCCUAUGGAAAAAAUAAUGGUACUUUUAAUGAUCUG